AUGCCUACAGAAGUAGAAGAUCUUGUGGACUUCCUUCACCAUGGCAAUUCACAAAUCCGCCAAAUCGCCUGUGAGAAUCUUGUCGGAUACUCUAUCGCCCAACCGAGCCUAUUCAAACGGCAUCAGUUACUUCCCAUCCGGGAUCUGAAACUAUUGACUCGGGAUUACACUCCCAUCGCCAAAAAUGUAUUGACAAUCUUAGUCAAUCUCUCGGCCGACGAGGAGAUCUUGAAGACCCUGGCGGAGGAUGACGCAUAUAUCGAGACCCUAUUGUGGAAAUUGACGAAUAUCAAGGACCCAAAUGUCGAUGAAACUGCCAUGCUUCUGGCCAACCUGGUCAAAUCCGAUCAUCUCCAGAAAUUACAUACGCUGAAGCGCAGGAUCCCCCAGGGCGUCUCGACUUCGGAGAAUGCCAUUGAUCAGUUGAUGGAUUGCUUUGUGAAGGGCGCAGAGGGAGGUCUCAAUAAGAACGCCAACUACGAUUAUUUGUCCUACUUCUUUGCCGAUCUGUCCCAGACCGAGCAAGGACGGGCCUAUUUCACCACGCGCCAGGACUACGAUGGAGUUGUCCCCAUCACAAAGCUGACGGUGUUUACGGAACACAAGAGUGACAUUCGACGUAAAGGAGUCGCCUCUACUAUCAAGAAUGUGGCCUUUGACAUCGCCUCUCAUCCCAUGUUGUUCGCCGAAGAGGAGGCCAAUUUAUUGCCCUACCUGCUCCUGCCCAUCGCCGGUCCGGAGGAGUUUCCCGACGAUGAAAUGGCAUUGAUGCUACCUGAUCUUCAGCUGCUACCGCCGGACAAGCAGCGUGAAAGUGACCCGACCAUUCUCACUACCCACCUGGAGACCCUGCUACUAUUGACAACCACCCCUGAAGGCCGAGCUCAAAUGCGUGCGGUACAGGUCUACUCGUUCAUUAGGGAAUGUCACCUUAAUGUUGAAGAUGAGGAUGUCCGGGAGGCGUGCGACCGACUCGUGCAGGUGUUGAUGCGAGACGAAGAAGGCGAAGGAGCUCAAACCGACGCCGAUUUGGAAAAGGCACAGGCUCAGAUUGAAGCGCCGCCUGUAGAUGAAGAGGAGAAGGUGACUGAACUGCGUGACAACGAUGGAAACUGCGACUCGGACCUUGCCCUUGACUUGGAUUCCGACGUGAGCCUCUCCGCUUCCACGUCCAUUGCCCAGCGCUUCCGCGCCCUCAUGUCGCGUACUCCUCUGAUCCGGUCGUCACCCGCCCUGGGAUCCACCUCGUAUGGUGCCGUACGAACUCCUCAUGAUUCCGACGAGGCCCAUCUGCCAGGGCAGAAGAAUGUUCGCAGAGGGCUGAAUGGAGGCGGAUCGCCGCGAACGAGUCUUGAGAAUGGUGCCGCGGGCCCAUCGAGAGAUGCACAACGGUCCAAACAAAAGCGCUCGCACUCAUCGGGCCGAAGAAGCAGUGGCUGGUAUAGAGAGACCCACAAUCGACGACCCUCAUCAGCUACCUCAGACGUGGGCAUGGGUGCCGAUUCAAAAUUCUCAUUCGCGACAGGACUAGCGAUGCCUGGAAAUUCAGUGAUGCAGGAUACUCCUGUAGCUUCCCCUUAUAUGACGAGUGAUGAGGAAGAUGUCGUCGAUAUCGAGGAUGAAGACUCGAAACCUGCCGAGGAGGAUCCUCCAGACAACUCUCCCUAUGCUCAAGUUCGAGCAACGGUCCCGGCGACAGACGACAUUACUCUGUCGAUCAAUACCCCUCGUAUGUGGAUUCUCUCGCUGCUCUUCUCACUUACGGGCUCCGCUGCGAAUCUCUUCUUCUCCCUUCGGUAUCCGAGCGUGGCCAUCACCCCAAUUAUUGCGCUGGUUCUAGUCCAUCCAUUGGGCAAGUUCUGGGAUGUUGUAUUGAAACGGACUGAUGAUCCGCUCGAGGUGUUUGAGAAUGGAACUCUCGACCACCGGGAAUAUCUGGCUGGCGAGAUUGAUCUCCACAACUACUCGUGGGCCUCCCGAGCUCGACUCUGGCUUGCCCAGGGUCGUUGGAAUGAAAAGGAACAUGCAUGCGUCUACAUCAGUAGCAAUGUGUCCUUCGGAUUUGCCUUUGCAACUGAUGUGAUUGUUGAGCAACAUAAAUUUUAUAACCAAGAAGUCCCGAUUAUGUAUCAGUUGUUGCUGAUCAUCUCGACUCAAGUCCUAGGAUACGCCUUUGCCGGGCUGACCAGGAGGUUCCUUGUGCGGCCAUCUGCGAUGAUCUGGCCGGGAACUCUCAUGUCCACUGCUAUGUUUUCCACCAUGCACAAGACCGCCAACAAGAAGGCAAAUGGAUGGAGUAUCUCCCGCUACAAGUUCUUCAUUCUGGUGUGGGGAGGGGCCUUCCUUUGGUAUUUCGUCCCGGGUCUUCUGAUGCCUGCCUUGAGCUAUUUCAACGUGAUUACUUGGUUUUUUCCGAAGAAUGUUGUUGUCUCUAAUCUUUUUGGAGUGGCCUCUGGUCUUGGGAUGUUCCCUGUGACAUUUGAUUGGGCUCAAAUUGCAUAUAUUGGAUCGCCUUUACUCACACCCUGGUGGGCUGCGGCGAAUAUAGUUACCGGCCUGGUGGUCGUCAUCUGGAUCAUUGCCCCUAUCUUGUACUUUAAAAAUGUGCUAUUUUCGGCCUUUAUGCCGAUUCUCUCAGCGGCUGUUUUUGAUAAUGAGGGUCAUCCAUACGAUGUGAGCCGAAUCCUGACUUCGGACUUUGUGUUCGACCAGAAAGCCUACGAGGAUUACUCGCCAGUCUAUCUCCCCAUCACUUAUGUGUUGUCCUAUGGGGUUCAGUUUGCGGCUCUGACCUCCCUUGUGACCCAUACUGUGUGUUGGUAUGGCAAGGAUAUUUGGCAGCAAACUCGUCGGGCAUUUGAGGAACGUCGAGACCUUCCAGACCUCGAUACAUAUGAGCCCCUGCAGAGCGAAAACGGCCACUCGCAAACUCGUCACAGCCAUGAUAUCACCAGAGAAUCACAAGAGGCUCUUCGGGAGAUGCCAUUGGGUAUGGAGGACGUCCAUUGUCGCUUGAUGAGGCGUUAUAAAGAUGCUCCACUCAUAUGGUACCUCGUUGUCCUUAUUACAAUGGCCGUCACUGCCAUAUAUACCGUUGAACAGUACGUUGACGAACAACCCGGCUCAUGCUUCCUUGCUAUCGCAAUACUCACAUUUUUUGACAGCUAUCAAGUCCACCUGCCUUGCAGUCUCUACCUUAUCUGCCAGCUCCUCUGUGGUAUUGUCUUUCCCGGACGACCCGUUGCAAACAUGAUCUUUGUGACAUACUCCUACAUCAGCUCCGCCCAGGGUAUUAAAUUCUCAUCCGAUCUCAAGCUCGGCCAUUACAUGAAAAUUCCACCUCGCAUUCUGUUUGGUGUGCAAAUGGUGGCUACAUUGGUGUCUAGCUUAACACAGAUUGGUGUGCUGAAUUGGAUGUUCACCCAUAUCCCCAAGCUGUGUACUCCCCAGGCCUUGAAUGGCUUUAAUUGCCCAAUCGCUCGAGUGCAUUUUAAUGGGAGUAUUCUGUGGGGUGUGGUGGGCCCGCAACGAUUCUUUGGCCCAGACGGCCUGUACCGGCCCCUAGUGUGGGCAUUCUUGAUUGGUGCCGUGGCCCCAUUAGGUGCCUGGGCCCUUGGUCGACGAAGCAAGAAAAGCUUUUGGCGCAAAGUCAACUUCCCCAUUCUGUUUGGAAGUCUCAGUUGGAUUCCUCCCGCGACAGGGUUGAACUUCUCCACCUGGGCAUUGGUAUGCUUCAUCUUCAACUACGUGAUCCGGCGCCGUAAGACGGCCUGGUGGGAGAAAUAUGCCAUGACCCUCUCUGCUGCGUUGGAUUCAGGACUCGCAUUCGCCGUGGUGAUCGUGUUUUUUGCGCUCGUUUACCCAGGUUGGGUUGCUGGAUUUCAAUGGUGGGGGACAGAGAUUUACAAGCAAGGCUGCGACUGGAUCGCCUGUCCAUAUCGACGUCUGGAACCAGGACAGAAGUUUGGUAAUUGA